CAUGUGUUAUGUUCCGUGGCCCGAGGAACUCUGCUGCUGUUGGCCUUCAUUGAGCUGGCAAUUGCGGAGUUCUGUGAGAGGCACGGGCAGUUUUGUUGUUACCGUGUUCAGACGAACCAGUCGCUUUCGGUUCUCAGUCUCUCCUGACACCAGUCUUUUUCUGAAGCUUCUAAAUCUACCGUUUUUUCCCGAGCAGCACACUUUCGUCCUAUCUGCUAUCGAUCGUGUUUUGUAACCCGAGUGUAACCGCGAGCUAUCUGCAGUGUGUAACAUCGAUUUUCCCUUUUGUAAUUAAUAAUCCAGUGAAAAAUUGUUCUUUAAUCUUUUGUAAUAACCAUCACCCAUACAAUCCAGCCACGAAAAACCCAGUCGGUGUGCGCACGGUGAAAAUUCCCGAAGACGUUGCCCGACUCGUAUCGCGAUACACACGGUACACGCAAGUGAGUGGGAGUGAGUGAGAGAGAAAUAGCACAGAAAACCGGGAGCGAGCUUACGCGUUCUCGUGGUUCGGAUUCCUCCGGGCACAAGCGAGAAGGAAGAGAAACGGUUCCCUGGACCGAAGUUACACCACCCGACAGUGCCCGAGUACCGCUGCUGCUGCCGAAAGGUAUCAUCGGGACGACGACGACGACGACUACGGUCCGCUACUUCAUCGGUCGGGUUAGCAGAGGCAGAAGCGAUACACAGAAUCUUCAUCAUCAACAAGCAAGCAGCAGCAGGACUUCGUCAUCGCCGCGGUUGGUUCGCUCCGUUCAGUCGAUAACGCGAUUUUCCCGCAAAACGUUCUCUCUUUGUGCCGUCUGCGCUGCCGAUUAUCAAUUUAAUCAAUUCAAUCCAGCUCAUAUCAUCAUCCGUGUAUCGUUCUUCACCAUUCGAUCGUUCCGCGAGAAAUUAGUGAAAAUCCAAAAAAAAUCGUGCAUAGUUUCCAGCAUUCGCAGAAAGCGCGCCGCCCUAUCCCCCUCAAGUGUGUGUGCAAAGACGGUCAAUCUCCGGUCAAUAUAUCUGUCUGUUUAGUCCAAAACAACAAAUCUUGAACUUCCGCGCGACGACGACGACGACAAUCGACCACCAACUUGUGCUGGCGAACGAGCGAACGAAGAAGAUCUCUUGCUGCUAAACUCUUCGCCUUCCCUACGCGAACCGGUUCUACCCAAGUACUCUUGUAGCGAAUAACCCAGAGAUCUCCCGGAAUUCCGCAGGCACUCGAAAGUGUCCCCUCCGAGUAGUGAAUCUCUUGGGGUAAAGUGUUGCGCCGCGCGAGUGUUCCUACCGUAGUGUGAUCGUCUGCGACUGCUUCUAGACCGCUCAAGCCUAGCGGUGUCGUUACAAAGCUAGCCAAAAAAACGGCAGAAAGCGUGGUUUUAUUAGCCAGCUAGUGUGUAGUAGUCCCACAAAUUGUGUUCUGAAGUGUGAUCCCGACAACGCUCCAAGCGACUAAAUCAUCGAUCGUCAGCAACAGUUUCCGCACAACUCGUCGUGUGUCAACGUGUCAACUCACAACAUCAAUCCAGGCCGUCAGCGUGCGUACACAACACACUCUUCAACGUUGUUUCAACUUUGUUUUCCCUGUUAUUUCGACAAAGUAGUAGAGAAGAAAAGUGCUUGAACACCUUCCCUUUGAGAUUUCCUCUUCAAAUACUCCAAAUUUCCUCCUUAAAAAUUAAAACAAUUCCUCGAAAAAUUCAAUUUGUUACAGUCGUUUAACGCGGCUACAGCAGUACAGCAAAAAGAGGCUCUCUUAGAAUCUGAUCUGAAGAAUGUUGUUGGACUGUUAAAUCAAUUCCCUUAAAUAUUCAAGCAUCUCCGUGCAAUUCAAGUAAAUCGUAAGUUACAUUGAGAUAAUCGAAACCCCCUUAGAGGUCGGUGAACAAAAGUAUACCUGAGAUAUAGACGAAACGAUAGUUUUUGUUGAGAGAUUUGUUUUUGUUCUAAGUUGUAAGGCAACGAUAAAAAAAUAAAGAGAGAUAAAUCAAACAUCGGUUGAAAAGCGGUUUUUGUUUUCCGAGAAAAAAAUUGAGAUUAUCGGGAAUUAGGCUAAUGUAAGGAGACAAGCGUUUGCUCAAUAGUUAAAAUUGAACGUUCUUAAGCUAUAGAAGAAAGAGGUAAAAACCUUUCAAGUAAGUAAGGCAAAGAGACAGUAUUUUUGUGAGACAAAUUUUAACCAAAGAUUUUCACGAACAGAAAACAAAAAACAUUGAUGUCGAGAGAUUUUUUCGGUGUUUUGUGCAAUAGUUUAAUCUAAACCAAUCAGUAAAAUUAUUACUCAAUCGAAUAAUAAGAGAAAAAAUAAACAGAGACAAUCAACAUAUCAGAAGAAAGAGGGACACCCCGCUAAACGUUUGAUAGCAAGUUUCCUCCGCAAUCAAAUUUGGUUUGAAGACUUGGUGAGAAUAACCUUUGGAAAAAAACCUUAAGAAAAGAACCCAACUUAAACUUGUUGUUUGGUGCUGAACUUGAGCCGACUUAUUUCUCACAUACAAGCGGCAGAAUCGAACAAAAAAAAACGGCGGUGUAAAAUCGAAACGAGUUUUCCCCCUUUCUUGUUUCCCGUAAGAGUUUCCUCUUUCCGACAGGCUAGAGAUUUUCGAGCAACUCGAGGACUCCGGGACUCGACUCGACUCUCGAGAACAGGUACGGGAACGCACACGCCUUAAAAGUCUUGCGACUCGCGACUGCUUCGAAGCAGCAACAACAACAAGAACAAGGUAGCUUAAAAAGCCAAACCAAAAAGCAAAAAAAACCUUCCCAAGUCACGGCGAACGAAGAAGAGCAGAAAGAAGCAAUUGUUUACACCGCGCGCGAGCAUACUCUCAGAAGCGACUCAGCAGCGAAGUUCAGGUUUUCUGGUUCUGGGACCGUCGUUGUUGUUAUUGUUGUUGAAGAUUCUUUGAUUCCACCUUCUUCCAGCAGCAGCAGCUCUGCUACGUGGAAGACUUUGGAAAAGUAAAAAGAGAAACACGCAGACCAGCAACAAACGGGCAGAGGAAAAAACCGGUUCCCUCUAUAAUCAAAAAUAAUUACAAUAAAUAUAUCUGCUCGUUCUUCGUGGCGUUCUGUGCGCUUGGUGUUGUUGUUGUUUUUUUCCGGCCCCUGGUUCGGACUCUUGUUCAAGAGCUCCCACCGCUUAUUAUAGAUCGAAGCUAGCAAGACUAGCCGGAACGCGCUGCCGAUUGAUUUGAGAUCUAACCGAGCUCCAGAGGUUAAUCGACAGUAGUAGGAAAAGCGUGAGGUCGAAGCGCAAAUUCAAUUGGUGUAUUUUUAGAAGCUAGCUUUCCAAACAACACAGGCAAACAUUUCCCGAGAGUGAAAGAGGUAAAAUUCGAACAGGAAUUUCCGAGGUAGAUGCAUGUGUGAGCGAACGAUAACAAUCGAGAGGAAAUCAUUAUAAGUCGGUGUCUUUUUUACACAAACACACUUGUAGUUUUACUGGAAAAAAGGCAUUUGCAAUCGUAAAAUUGAAACAAUCACUAAGCUAAGCUAGAAUCUAGGAUAUUUUAGAAGUACCAUAUAAGGAGAAAGCGUUUUGACAAUCAAUUCAAUCGCUGUUUAGACUAAUCCAGGUGUUGCGAGCGCGGAAUCUUCUAUCAAAAAAGAUCGAAACCGUGCCCGGCAUCGUCUGCGAAAUCGAGUCGUAUUUCCGAACUCUGACAAUCUAUCAAAUUUCUAAAUCGUCUAUAGAGAAUUUUAAGGCUUUAUUGUCUACAUACAUAUCGGCUAUCUACCGUGUAGUGUCGUAGUUUGCGUAUUCUUGUAGAAGCUACUGUACUCAACUAUUUGACAAUCAUUCUGAAACCUGUGACAAUCUAUUCUAUACAUUUCCGCCAAUAUCGGGCAACCCUAGUGAGAUAAGACAACUAGUAAAUCAGUUAGCGUUAAGGUAUAAAUUAGAAGAAAAGUUCAAUUACCAGAAACAUAUUUAGAGGCAAUCAGCCAAUGCUGCGGAGCAUAAAGCAGCUCAGUAAAACACUAAACUAGAAAUAUUCUACAAGCCAACGGCAACGUAGAGCGAAAACCAAUCUCAAAGACGCCCUUCGGAGCGCAAGCAAGCUAGAAAAAUUCACGUCACCACGUAUUUCCGACCGGGUCCGAUCUUUUGUCCCCCCUUCAUACCGGCCCAGCAGCCGCAUCAGUAUCAGAUUCUACCGCAGUCAUCCGUAGCGGGUUUUCCGGCAACUGCCACAACACCGCCCUCCUCUGCUACUCCUGUAGUCGGUCAACCGAUCGGUUCCAGUCCUCCCGUGUCCGCCUUUCCGGCACUCCAACCGUAUCAUCCCGCCGUAUCUGCGACCCUUUAUCCUAGUUCCACUUCGACCCCGUCCUCGUCGUCCUGUUCAUCGGCUACGAUCUAUCAACAACAGCCACAACAACCUAACCAGCAACAGGCCACCAUCAGCGGUUGUAACGCGGCCCAGCAAGUCUGCUACUGCGGGCACUGUUCCUACUACCAACAACAACCGCCGCCACCCUACCAUCACCCGUUGUUACUUCAGCAACCGCAAACCUUGAUUCUCGGCGGCUACACCGACCUUGCCGGCAGUGAACCAAGUCUACCAGUAGUCUCCAACAGCAGCAUCAUCCCUACCGCCAUCGGCAAAGAUAUUAUGCUCCACUCUACCGCCUUUCUGUCAUCGCCGCUGCUCUCGACGGCAGCGGCCGCUGCAGCUGCAGCCGCAACGAACUCCACAACAACCUCGCUGUACUCACAACCUCCACCGACCCUUUGGAACGCCUCGACUGCAACGAACUUCAAUGGCUAUCACCAUCAGCCUCAGCAUCACGGAUUCUACCUGCCGCAGGACGCCCUGAUCAGUUCGACCAGCUGCUACGAUCCCACAACUUCAUCAACCUCCUCAACCAGCAACAAACACUCUUCCUGUUCCGCGACCCCGAAUCCUUACCCAUUGCCGCCGUCUUCAUACAGCUGCUACGUCACAACGGCCGGAAGCUACGGCCUGUGUGACCAAAGUUCCCAGUCGUCGUCGGUGGGGUCUUCCGUCGGCAGCACCAGCCCACUGCUCCUUCCCUACGCUUCCUUUGGCAUCAUCACUUGUUCUGCUACUACUACAGCUACUACUACCACCACUACCGCUAAUAACAAUACUGCUACUACUAGCAACUACUAUGCUACUACCACUACUACUACUACCAACUCUUCUACUAGCACCUCUUGUAAAAACAAGCGAGGUAGCGACGAACUCCUCAGCCAAGCAGCAGUAAUGGCACCGGCUUCGGAUAAUAACAACCAAGAUCUGGCCACCAAGAAGGCCAAACUGGAAACGAGCACAGUGAUCGGCGUAGGUGGUAUCACGAAACCAUCCCGGGUGGUGCACAUCCGGAACAUCCCGACCGAAUCGAGCGAGGUCGACGUGAUGCAUCUGGGCGUCCCAUUUGGGCGCGUCACCAACGUCCUGGUGCUGAAGGGCAAAAACCAAGCGUUCCUGGAGAUGGCCGACGAAAGUGCCGCCACCAGUAUGGUCACAAUGUUCACCACCACCCCACCGAUCGUGCGCGGCCGCCCGGUUUACGUGCAGUACAGCAACCACCGGGAGCUGAAAACGGACCAGAACCAUUCGACGAACACUUUGCUACAGGCCCAGGACCUGACACAGUCGCCGACCGGUUCGCCGCUGCCGCUAGCGCUGGAGCAUGCCAAUUCCAACUCGACCACCGGAACCGGAACUACCGGCAAUAGCAACUCCGGAGGCGGAGCGAAUACCGUGCUGCGAGUCAUCGUUGAAUCGCUGCUGUAUCCGGUGUCCCUCGAUAUCCUUUACCAGAUUUUCCAACGCUUCGGCAAGGUGCUCAAGAUCGUUACCUUCACCAAGAACAACUCGUUCCAGGCUCUCAUCCAGUAUCCGGAUGCGCCAACUGCCCAGCACGCCAAGCAAACUUUGGACGGCCAGAACAUCUACAACGGUUGCUGUACCCUGCGCAUCGAUAACAGCAAACUGACCUCGCUAAAUGUCAAGUACAACAAUGACAAAUCCCGGGACUAUACCAAUCCCACGUUGCCGUCUGGGGAGCCCGGUUCCGAUGUGAUUGCCAGUGCCGGCGGAUUAGUUUCCGCCGGGGAUUUGCUGCUGCUCGCUGCCGGUCAGCGACCGCAGCUCACCCGAGACCGACUAGUCAAAUUAGACAAAUCUCCCUACUUUCUAGUGAACGGUUUAGCGACACCUGGGGUGAUCCCACCGUUCGGUCUAGGUCUGGCUACCCCGGCCCUUGCCAGUGCCUACGGCGGAGCACUACCGAAUCUGGGCGCCUUUGCCCUAGCUUCGAAUGGAGCCCUCGGCACGCCAAACCCGGCCGUCCUACGGGGACUUUCCAACGUGCUAUUGGUCUCCCAUCUUAACGAAGAGAUGGUCACGCCUGAUGCUCUAUUUACCCUCUUUGGGGUGUAUGGUGAUGUACAACGUGUAAAGAUUCUAUACAACAAGAAGGAUUCAGCGCUCAUCCAGAUGGCUGAACCUCAUCAGGCGUAUUUGGCCAUGACCCAUUUGGAUAAGCUCCCCAUCUGGAACAAGACGAUCCGCGUAAUGGCCAGCAAGCAUUCUGCGGUGCAGUUGCCGAAGGAGGGCCAACCGGACGCGGGCCUCACCCGGGACUACGCCCAGAACCCGUUGCACCGGUUCAAGAAACCGGGCAGCAAAAACUACCAGAACAUCUAUCCACCAUCUGCCACGCUGCAUUUAAGCAACAUUCCAGCAACCGUCACCGAGGAAGAGAUUAAGGAAGCCUUCACUAAAAAUGGUUUCGAGGUCAAAGCUUUCAAAUUUUUCCCAAAAGACCACAAAAUGGCUCUGAUACAGCUAAGCUCAGUGGAGGAAGCGGUGUGCGCACUGAUCAAGAUGCACAACUAUCAGCUGUCGGAAUCGAAUCACUUGCGUGUCAGUUUUUCCAAAUCCAACAUCUAAGCACACAGCACAUCCCCUUUCAACGUACCCCAGAUGUAUAGGCUUAACCAUACACACACACAUAUAUGAACACGCAACUGCGCCAGUAGGGGGUAGUACUAGGAGAUAUAAUACAAGGACAAACUGCAACUUGCUCUCGCCAAAAGAUUAACAAAGAUUAAUAAAAAAACACACGAUCAGUCACUUAUCAAUGCUGAUCAACUCUAUCAGCCAUCAGAUGGACGGAUGGAAAAACAAAUGGAAUCGAUUUCAUUGCCGGCCAGCCAGCCAGCCAAAACCAGCUCAGCUGAAAUUUCUCCUCACGAACAUCAACAGCAAACUUCUUGAUCCUCAGAUCCAGACACGUGGGACUGCGAUAAGUGCGAAGGGGCAGCCGCGUGCCCUGCCAAAACGCUGUAAAGCUAACCGUGCACAUUGUGUUUGUUUUCCUUUUUCGUAUUCUAUAUACAGCUCACCAAGCCUGUAGUAGUAAAAAACCUUGGUGGGACUAUCAUUUCUCGUGGAGUUCAACCAACAACAGCAUUUCUAUCGCCUCAUCAUGACAACUUUCGAAGAAGGGAUAAAGAAAUACACACCCGAAAAAAAACUAGCAAGGAUCUCGAAACCCCGUUAAGACUCGGGAAUAUGUGCUGUUGCAUUGCUGCGCCAUUACGGAAUGCAUAAGAGAAGAAAAAAACACUAUGAGACAUUAACCUUAGGAUAUCGAAAAAAAGAACAACAUCAACAGAAAAAGGGCUUAUGAGAUGAACAACCUCAAAUGGGCCCUGGCCAAAACACCCGAAUCAAACACACUAGCGAAGCUGAUCUGGAUCACCAUGCUGCACCUCUCUCUAGCAGAGUAGUACCGUUUGUGUUUUCGUUUAGGUAUAGGCAACCAAUCGGUGGAGAAUUCUUUUAGAUAAAGAAAUGGAAUCACACCUGCACACCGACUUACAAAAACAAAACGUUAAAUGGGAACAAAUUAUACCUAACUUAAAAUCAAUCUUUAAUAAGUAAACGAAAGAGACAUAUUAGGAACCGGAGCAACCACCAUUGCUUGAAGAGUUAAAUCAGUAGACAAAAAUCAAUGGGACGGAUCACAAAUGGGAAAGAAGAGAUGCGGCCACAAUAAAUCGCAGAUACUAUUUAUUCUGUAGGAAUUCGUAUUUAAAUGUACUAAAUUUUAAAAACAAUAUCUAGUAGAUGCAGAUAAAACAGAAGUAAAUGAACAGAAAAAAAAAACAACCAAACUAACUUGAGCCAGAACAUUUAAGAAAAAAAAUGUGUGUAGUGUAAUAGCUGCAACAAUGGAGAGCGAAAAAAACGCAAAAGACGCAAUUUGAGCAGCGCAGUUGACUUCGAAAUGGCAGAAAGAGAGAGAAAGCGAGAGAUCUGAAUUAUUAUCGAACAUAACCAUGAACUACUUUUCUCAUUGCUAGUUUUUAUCAAUGUUUAAACCUUAUCUUUAAUUUUAUUGGUAAUUACUGCUAUUUUUUAUUUUAAAUCAAACGGUGGCCGGUAUUUACACACUUCUUAAAAGAUAUAAAAAAAACAAUCGCAAAGUAAUAUUUAUGUUUUCUUUCCAUUGCAAACCAAUUCUUCUCAAUUGAAUCAUCUUCGAGUUUUAAACAAACUCUCUCACACACAUACAUAUAAAUCUACAACCACACCUCUACACAAACGCACGUGCUGUGUUGUUGUUCCGUGUUAGUGUUAAUUGAAUGAAAAAAAACAACCUAAAGAACGCACAUGGCGGCAAACGUACUUUGCCAAGCGUUGCCUUCAGUGCACUAUUCAGACAAAAAAAAACUGUUUAAAUCAUAUGGCAAAAACAAGAAAAAAAUGCAAAAAACUAAUGCUGGCAACGAUACCUGUACGUGUGUUGAUGUAAACGUAUUUGUAUUUAAAAAGGCAAAGCAUAACAGAAGUUGAAACCAUUUAAACAACAUUGAAAAAAAAAAAACAAGUAAAGAACGCUGUGAGUAAGAGUUGGUGAACGCGAUAUCAAAGAGAACCAUCAGUUAUUGAGUUAGGGUUAAACUAAUUAUAUGAAUCUUUAAACAAAAACAAACAAAAAAAAACAGAAGUAAUAUAUGGAUAGUUUGUAUUUGUUCGAGAACGGGAAAUCGAAGGAAAAAAUAUUAAAAAACACACACACACUUGUAUUAUUAAUUGAUAGUUAGCGCCUAGGUUGAGCUAUUUUUAUUGCUAUUUAAACCAGAAUAAAGGUGAAAAAACCUGUGUAGUUAUGUAAAAUUUAUAAGAAAAAGGAAUAAAUUUUGUUGUUGUCUCGAGCAAGAAAAAAGAAAAGAGAUGCACACAGAGUGGAAAGAAGGAGGGAACCGGCAAUACACAAGAGAACGAAUUAUUUCCAGUAUUGUUUAGACAAGAUAGAACUCGAUUGUUAAUUUGAGGGUAGGGAUUGAGGCAAAAGGAACGGGCAGCUAUGGACCCCCUCCCCUCUCCAGCAUAGGCGGGAGGUUUUUCUGUCGGCCCUUUCCCGGGAACCGGGAAGUUUCAGAGCGCAGCGAUCUACAUAGUGGAAAAUCAUUAUUUUUCUUAUACCCGAUGUUAAACUUUAAGUUGAAUAGUGUUAUUUAUGCGGAAAUUACCUAUAUUUGUGUUAAGUUACGAUUGCCCGGAUUUUUCUAAGGGUAUUCUUUAAUAGUGGUAUUAGUUCUCAGUUGCAAUAGCUUUUCCGCGCAGCACGGGGUUUAUUAUCGGAUCGGGUAUCGGAAUUCUGCGUCGCGUUUCCAUUUAGCGGAAAUAUCCGGUAAUAUGCUCCGUUGCUGAAUUGAAUCAUUCGGAAAACGAUAUGUGUCGAGCAAGAAAAUCUUGAUAAAUAUAUAUAAUCAAUAUUUGUAGAAAAUGUCGAGCUGUUUUUUGUUUUGUGAAAUUGGACAGGGUGAAUGGGCAAGAGUGCUUGGGAUACAAAUUGGCGAUGGUCUGUUAAAAUUUGUUGUUCAACAGAGAUUGGAAUGUGUGGUCAUCUUAGGAAUUACUUAGUUUUUCGUAAAAUGGCAACCCAUUUGGUCAUAUUGUGUGGAUACGAGUAUAUUCAAUUUAUAGGAAAUCUUCAUUUGGAUAAAAUAGAACUUUUAAUAUUACCGAAAGAAGAAAGUAAUGUGUAAAUUUAAAGUUUUUGCAUCAUUUGGCUAUUCAUGUAUCCACACAAUAUAUGAUGAAUGAAAUGUGAUCAAAACAUAACUGACCAACAGAUAUAAUGACAGAAUAAAAACUACGUAUCACACUAACACAUACCUAAGCGUUUUCUUCCACGCACUUGAGUUUCCACCACUCGCCAAUCAGCGCUUCUUGCGAUUGCGAAAAAUUGAUGUUUAUUUCAAAAGUUCAAGUACUUGCCGCCCUAAUCUGUUGAAGUAUAUCCCAGGAAUGCGGGAGAGCUUCAAGAUGAGAGCUCUUCAACGGCAAUCAAAUUGAAAUGAUAAACUAACAAAAAAGAAACAUGGAAAACAAAUUGAUAGAACUCUUUGAAAUCGAAACGCACGAAGUGAGAAAAAGUGUCAAAUCAAACAGGUUAUAGAAACAUAACGAAAUCAAUCAUUUAUAGUGACAAUGACUAAAUCGCAAAAUAAACUGAAACACUGCGCCUGGUACAAUCAAACCGUGAAAAAUCGUGCAGGAGAAGGGGCGAGUAAUGAGAGUGGCGCCGUCAUCGCUCUCUCUAGGAACAGAACCCCAACCACACACAUUCAUUGAUAUAGACAUAGAAGAAAAGCAGAUAAUCUGAUGUAAACCGGUCGUGAGUCCACCAAAUACCGAGCUGUUGAAAAUGAGAGAGAAACAUUCUCAGCUACACUCAUUAUAUAGGCGAAUAAAAUCAUAGAAGAAAAAAAAACAAAUGAAAACUAAAUACAAGAACUAAGAUGAAAAUAGGCGUUGCAUUUUUGAGCUUAUCAAACAAAUGAAAGGAGGAAUACAGAUGUGAGAGAAAACUCUUAAGAAUUAUAUAUAGAAAAAAAAAAUUAAAAAAGCAUAGAAAAAUAAAACUAUAACAGUGGUGAUUAAAUCAUUAAACCGUUUUUUUAUGAUUAUUAUGAUAAAAAGGUAUAUUAAAUCUAUAUAUUUAGAGUAUUAAUCUACAUUAAAAAAAAGGAGUAAAAUCAAGAGACAGGAGACGAUAAAAAUCGAAGAAGCACCACCGGUGAUUCUUCUAACUAAAUGGGUAAAAUCAAGUUAGGAAAAAUAAAACUUAAAAUACAAAAUAUUUACACACAAUCACAUAGAAAAAGCGAAAAUGGAAACCGUGGACCCCGGAACAGAAGAAAAAAACACUACAAUGAUAAGAAGAAAAAAAUCAAUUCGAAGAGAAAUAGAACGACAGAACAGUGUAGUAACAAACAACGGCUUCGCAUUCUAGAGUUGGAUGAUACCCCAGCAACAGCACGUUUCGUGAAAUCAGUGAUGCCAAACGAGUAGUAAACUUCUGCAAACCCAAAGCGAACACGUGCGCGCGAACAAGAGAAAGCCACCUAGAGCGAGGCCGAAUCGAAUAAAUAUAUGAGAAAUCUCGACAAUCAGAUGAUGUUAUAUUUUAGCGAUAAAUCUUUAAUCUUCAAACUCUAUAAUUAUAUACUUGUAAAACAAAAUGGACAAACAAAUCUAUUCAUUCGGUACACUUCUACACUGAUCAAUGUACACUCACACAGACACGCCAUUAGCAGCAAGAAACAACGCCCAACUGACAGGAAAUCUAUACAUUUCGAUUGUAAGUGGAAAGAGUACAUUCGCUAACCGCCGGAUUGGAAAUAUAUCUUACAUGCAAAAAUCUAACACAUACACAUACUAACACUCGAACAAGUAUAUCAAUAUCACUAAAACAAAACUAUAUCUUAGCUUCUAAAAUCAAAUGAAUCAUAAACGGAAACAAAUGAAGAAAAACCAUACGAUUCUUAUUCGUGUAUUACAAUUCCUCUCAGCAAAGCAAAACAUUUUAAAUGUAGUAUCUAUUGUUUUACGUUUAAUUGUAUAAGUUCAAAACUCCUUAAUGGUAGAUUUAACAUAUGUUGCAAUGCGGUAUUUACUGCUAAACGCUAUGACUGCAAACUGCAAUCCCUAACUAACUGCUAUUGUUAAGAUUCGAUUACCACUCGCGAAAGGCCGUUCGUCACAAAGGAUUUCGAUCCUGGCCAUGGCGACCGUCAAUUCCAAUGGUUUUUGAUUGGAAAGUAUCCCGUACUAUUGUUUUUUGUCUCUAUUUGUUGCGUAUGCUAGUUUAAUCCCUUUCCUCUUCAAAUAUCAAUACUUCCGAUAUAAAUGCUGAAAAGUCGGGAAUAGAUAUCGCAUUAUUAUCUCUAUCAAAACAACUAUAACUCUAUCCUAAUCUAGUAAAGUGCAAAAUGCAGAACACUGACAAAACACACUCUCACGAUAUGUUACUAGAAACUAAAUUACACUUGGACAUACGCGGACACACCAACUUUCAUCUCUCUAUCUCUACUUAGCUGACACUUUAGUGAUAUGAAAGGGAAAAAAACCUAUAUCGACCUAUUAGCGUACAUCAACGUAUAUUUGAAAUAUUGUAAUGAAGUGAACACUGUUUGAACUAUGUUCCAGGAAAAAUCAAAUCAAACCACACACACAUAAACACACACCUUGAAUCAAACUUGAACUAAAACUCUAGCGUGCUGGUCAUUUUUUAUAAGGUUUAUGAACUAGCUGAAGAAAUGAUAUCAAAAUAAUUGUCUGUUUACUUUCCGUAGAAUAUUGAGCAAUCUUUUUACCAUCAUCCUACUAUCUAUAGUGUUGAAUAGUUGUUCGUGAGCACGAUUGAAAAUGACUUCUUAGAUUUACAAAAGUUAUUUACACAUUUCCGGGCUAUAAUAGAAAUUUCCUUAUACAGUCUUCUAUUAUUUCAUUGACUUCAAAACUACAAAUCGCUUGAAUAUUUCUUGUCCGUUUAGAGAAUAGGCAACCAAGAACAAAAGAUGCAAACUUUUUUUUUCUUAUUUCUUUCCAUGUCUACGUAAGGUAUGAUUGAAAACCCUCGGCCGAGGGAUAAAUAUGUGUCAAAUUUAUACAUUUUAAACUUACGAAGAACAAAAAAAAAAACACAGAAAAGAAGCAACAAUCUAAACUAUAAUAAGCAUCUAGAAAUGCUUUUAACGAGCACUACUGACUAGGACGUGUACACAUCUACGUAAGGAAAGGUACAUUCAAUCAUUUCUUGAAUGUAGAAAUAGUUUAAAAUUGUAGUUGCACGUAUUGCAGUUGGUGAUCAAAAUUUGACACAGGUUUGAAAACAAAAAAAACAAAAACAAAACAACUUUGUUGAUCCUUAAGGCCAGUUAGUUUUGAGAUUUUUGGUUGAUAUCAGGAAAGGGCACAUGGGAGAAGUAGGCCUAUGCCAAUCAACUGUCAUCACGCGUUUUUUUCGGCUACGCAUAUUUUAUACUAAUUACAUGGAAGAUACAAUAAAAUUCAAUUCAAGUGUUGAAGAGUUCUCCAAAGAAACCGUUUAUGUGAAAGUUACUAGUUGGAAUUGUACAAGAAACUUCAGUUCAGAAGAAAUGUCAUCGUAGCUGGAAAAAGGACCCAGAUGGCAUGGAUCAUCAUGUUUGUAUCUGCGCCAAGCUUCCGUCGUUUUUUGGUGAGAUCAAUCCAUAAUAUUCGUUCCAUUUUUAUUUUUACCUUUUUAACAACCUAUUGUUAAAUCAUAAAAAAUAUAAAAUUCCGUUGAAGCGCUUGACAGGGAACUCCCUUGAUGAUCUUUUGCGGUUUUAAUCACAUGGUUGGCCUGGCCGUAGUUGUAUCUUGAAUGCAUUCAAUAUGUAGCAGAUACAAUGUUGAAAAGAAAAAUGUAGGACACAAGUUUUUUUUUUAUUUUCCAGGAUGCUUACAAGUUUUGACCAUGUUGAUGUUAGGAGAAUAAGAAGGGACUUUGUAAUAAUUCGGAUUUUCGAAUUUACCAUCGGAGUACCUCUAUAGGCCUUAUGAUCCCAAGAGAAAGUCGUUGAAAUGCACUUUCUAAAAUAUCAACCAAAAUUAUCGUUUUUUGCUUCAAUUUGAUACCUAUCGAAAUCCAUUCAAAGCACAAAAACACGAAACUGACACAGCUGAAAGUCAAACUCAUGAUUUUAAAAUUAUAUUCAAAAUGGGUGUUUUCCUUUCUUUUCUUGCAUGUUUAAACUCCUCUCUAAAAGAGUUUUCAAAGCUAUUUUCCUCAAACGUCUCGUCACUUGCCAACUAUCUCUUCUAACCUAUUUCUCCCCACAUCUCCCAGGAGAUGAAAAUUUAAAAGAUUUAACAUUUCCGGCAACACUUCACCAGCAUCCGCAUGUAACAAGUUGCGACCGACUUGCUGUUUUUGUCGUUCAAUUCAAUCUAAUCUCGAAAAAGUGUGCAGAAUUUGUGUCUCCAGGAUAACCAAAACUUAUGGGAAAACAGACCGGAAAGUCAAAUCGAACAAAAACUAGGCGCAAAGCAAAACUUAAAACAAGAGAGUUAGUAAAAUUUUUAGCUGAAUCAAAUCGCCGUGUUAGAACGUUUUUUCCAGUAGAAACAGAUGAAACUAAGGAAAAAGAGAUAAAAAAAAAACUACAAAAGCAGUGUCGUUUCUUAGUGCAAGCCGCAACAUAUGUCAAUUUGAAGCUGUUUCGAAAAAAUUAAAAUAAAAAUUCAACCAAAUGCAAGCUGAUCAAAAACUCAAGACCGAAAGUCGUAAGAUUUUGUUACACAUUUGUAGUACAGUUGUUCAAAUCAAAAUAGAUACGGGUGACAGAUAAGUUCAGAAACUAAAAUAGGACCGUUUUUGUGACUCCAUUGUUGUUUUUUUUUCUUUGGGCAAGUAGAUCAACAUCACCGCAAACCAGCCACUAAUUGGACCCACAAACAAACACAGGACACAGUUCAAGCAGCUAAGUUUCAAAAAAAAGGAACACAAAAAUUGACAACCACCUACUACUGUUAGUAAAUAACUAAACAAAAAAAAAGUAAUUCCACAAACACAACUGAUUGUGCGUGUGUGUUAUUGGAAGAAUUGUUAUAAUUGUGAUUUAUUGUUAGUGCAAAUGGCUAAGUAAAUAUUGUGGGAAGGGACAAGAGGAAAGGUUAAAAAGCAAACACUCCUACCGCUUCUUGAAAUUUGACGGUAUAGAAUCAGGGGAAAAAGGUAUCUAAGUUAGAAAAACUAAUCACAGCUUUCCGAUCGGUGAUGUCCCGUCGGUUCGAGUUAAAGACACUCGCAACAUUUUUUUUUAGUUUUUUUUAAACGUUACAUACUUUUCUUACAAGUUUUCGUUUAUUUUGUUUUAGGUCAGUCUUGUUUGAAUGCUAUAGGGUGUCCCAUGGUGUCUAACCACGAUUUUGAUACAACACUGCUUAUUCCGGAUGACUACAGUGAGCUCCAGUUUUCAAAGUUUUUGUGAAAAUGAGAAGCAUUUUCCAUCGGAAUAGCGCAAAAAUAUCGCGGAAUCAAUUUACGAAAAUGGAAUAAGGCUUACAUUGGAACUGUUCGAAAUGCUAUUCGAAAGUAUUGAGAGGAAAGCUGCUUUGUGAAUGAAAAAAAUCUGUACGGAAACCGGGACCGGUGGACAAAACUUUGGACCGGAAAGCCAAGCGUGCCCAGGCCAGUCCGGAUAAUAAGACCAGAUUGGAUCUAAAGAAAUAUAAGAAUCAGAAGAAGCCGAAGUCGAGUCAAAAACAAGCUGCUUCCAUCAAACCAAGAGCUCAUAAAUGUUAUGAUCAAAUGUUGUGCGUUAUCAUCGACGACCAAUCCAAUUGCAAGUUGGAUAACCAGUAUUACACUGUUCGGUAUGGCCGAAAUGUUGACGAGACGGAGAGCAUGAUCACCCAGUACUGUUUUGGCCGGUUUUUCCAUCAGUUCACUACUCAAAGGACACGAUGGCUUGGUACCAACCCAACAAAGUCCAGAUCGUAACAAAUUAGAUGAAUCCAUCAAAUAGUCAUCAAGCACGACCGACUGAAACUAUUUGGGCCUAUACCAAAUGGUACUUGAAAAAUCAAUUGUGAAGCCUGCAGAUUCUAUCGAAAACUUUUCAAAAGACUGGAAAAAAGUCAUCGCAAAUCAAUCUGAGCUGAAUUAAACGAGCAGUCUUCGAUCAAAAAUUCGUUCACCGGCCUACGAUUGACUGGAAUCUAAUUUUUAUUGAUUCACUGUAACAAAAAGGCUAUGGAGAACAUAAAAGUGAAAAAAAAUGAAUUUGCUCCUAAAUUGUGUAAUUACAUUUAAUUGUGCUUAGACAUAAUAAGGCACCCUAUAAGUGGAAUUUGAAAAAAAAAAGUGAACUAAGUGCAAUAUUUCAACGCAUAUAUCUAGGUUGCUCACUGCUUGCUUCCAUGUUAAAGAUUUGUGUUUUGUCUAUUUCGAUAUUUGGUUCAAGGACCUUCCGUUAUUCGCUUCAGCCCGGGACAUCGGAAGCUGUAAAUGAUGAAUCUAUUGUUUGAUUUUUAAUCUAAUAUAUUUUGGAAUUAAAAAAAAAGAAAUACAAUAUGAUACAUAUUACUCAUAUCACGUGGAAACUGGUUGAGGGCACAAAACUUAAACAGCUACAGCUAUUCGACCGGAAGUAAUCUUUAAAGACAGGGUUCGCUGUGGAAAGAUCAGCCGAAAAAAAAGGCUCUAUUAGACCGGCUAGGUAUAGAAUUGUCGAAGCUUCGAGGAACACUAUCGAAUCGAAAUUAUUUCACCGGAAAUAAAUAUGUUUGAACGGACCUAUCACUACAACGGACAAGUUGGAUGAGAACUUGUAGAAAACCAAACUACGAUAACGAGUUGAUUCCGGGUGCAAUGAUUUGAGGAGAGAAGAUUUUAUCUCCAUUCGACAUAAUCAAGCUAGACAGAAUUUAUCAUUCGCGCAAAAAAAGAUCGCAAGAUAAUCAUAGAAACUCUCACACACAUCUCCCACUAUUAACUACAUUCAUACAUACUUUCCAAUGCAACUGGUACUGGAACUGUAAAUGGAAAACCCACAGGAAUAAAUAAAGCUAACUACCCGCAGCAUAAUCACGUUUAAAUCGACAACAAAUAUACAAACAAACAAAGAAAAAACGGGAAGAAAACCACUCGGAAGAAUUUCAUUAUAUUAAAAUCAACUUAAAAAAAAAUAGAUAAAUGUUUACAUUUUAAGAAGCGAGACACAGCUCUGAAGAAACCAGAUAUAUCUUACACAACAUUCACACAACAGGCGUUCAAGAAACAUACAUAUGAUUGUGACCGUUUUUUUUUACUUGGGCAUUUUUUGCACAGGCAGCCAAUGGAACUCGGAUUAUGAAGGAAAAACUGGAAUGCUAAAGUAUAGCACAGUAAAUUGAGCAGAUUUUAUAUUGUCAAACCGAGGCAAACGAAAUGAAAGGAACAGGAGCCUACAGAAAUCAUUCUUAUUGACAGCAACAGAAGCGAUUGAUUGUUCAUAUAUACAUAUAGUGAAAUGGAAUAGUAGUAAACAAAACAAACAAACAAAAAAGCUAACUAACAACACCCGUCAGGGUGUUUUCCUUAAUUCGAUUCGAGUUCAACUUUUUCAAGGUUUUGUCCUAAAGGGAUAUUUCCACAUGUUACAAAGCAAACCCUCUAAAGACAGAACAAAACAAACGAACAUAUAUCAAACAGAAGCACAUUCAGCAACAACAUACAAACCAAUAUCUGAACCAAUUUAUUUUACCCUUCUUCUAAUGCUUCUGAUGAAAUAUUCACACUGCUUGUAAUAUUGUUCCAUAAGCGAAAAAAAACUCUUGCACGAUGCGCUUUUCCGUGCUCUUUCUAGUUGCAGACAUGGAUAAGGGGCACUUCAAUUUUCUAACGCUUUUCACCUCACCUCUCACGCCACCAUUUCCCAAAUAGUCACGAAACAAAAACUGGUAACAAAUUACAACUCGAUACCAACUCGAUACCUAUCAAUGAUCCACACACAAACAGUCACAUAUCAAAUGUUAGCAACCAACAAAAACAAAAAAAAAAAUCGAUCCAAAACCAGUUUAACGGAACAACUAGAAGCUCUACCAACUAUCUUUCUCUAUCCUUUAUUCUGCUUUGAUGUCUUUCUUUCACUGUUUUUAACCUAAAACAACAACAAACAAAAAUUCAAACCACCCUCUGAGAUUUUAAAUGUAGGAAGAAAAAGCCUUAACUUAGGCUGCUUUCACACAAUCGGAUUAGCCCUGACAUAGCUGGGGUAAAAUCGUUUGAGAACUUACUUUAGAAUGUUGUCUUUAUCGUCUGAACCCUUAACUUUAUUUAUCAAAUAACCGUUUCGAGAGAGAAAAAAAAUUAGUUGUUUAAAUAAUCCAUAAAGUUAAAUAGCUGAACCAAACUUGUUUCAUCAAUCGUUUCGUAGACGACUUAAGUUACACGUGUUAAAAAUGAUGUUUUUUACACAUUGUUAUACUAAAUAAUUUUUGUAAAAAACGUGAACCUCAACCUGCAGGUCAAUCCGAUUCGGUGAAAUCUUGCCAAAUGAUUGUGAAGGCUAGAAACAAUGCUGAAAAAAAAAGAAAUCAAAAUCCUAAAUGUAGGCAAAAUGUGAAGUUUAGAGCAACAGGAAAAACAAACAAUUGAAUACCACGAGAGCUUUAAUGGUAACCAAAAAAUGUAACGAACAAAAAAACAGUUGAAGCUAGGAAGCAAACAAGUAAGAAGACAGUUUAAGCACACAGCAAAAAAAUAUAGGAACUGUGAAAGUCAGACAAGCAAACCAUCCACGCAUUCGGGAAAAGAGCCUAUGUGAAAGCUUGAGAAGAACAUUCGAAAGUUGUAGAAUAACGGGUAGAGAAAAACAGUGCAGUAGAACGUAACAUGAACAAACUGUUUUAGAGAAACGACCUACACACUCAUGUGAAAACUAGUUUAACAUAAAAAUAAACAAACAAACAAACAAAAAAUACCAUUAAAAGGUACACGCAGACGAUUUGAGCGAUCUUCAAAGAAGACAUUGAUCAGAAAGGGGGAAAAGAGGCGUGCGGGAAACUGUUAUAUGUAAAAUUGAACAUAAAAAAGAAAUUGUUUUAAGAUUAAGAUUAAAAUUAGCGAUCACGAACAAAAACUGAAUAUGGCAAGCGGAUCAACUGAAAGUCAUCAAGAAUCAAAAAAUACACACACACAGACACAGAAAAAACAUACUAGUGGAAAAGCGUAGAAAAAGAAAAAAAAAACAUUCGGAAAAAAAAUCGUUAGCAAAUUGAAUAUGGCCACUCAGAGAACGUGAAAACAUCUCCUCAAAUUAAUCAGCAUUAGUGCAAAAAUUGUGUAACAGUAACUAGAGAAUUAUCAAAACAGAAAAGCCGACAAUUUACCAGUAGUUGAGAAAUUGAAAUGCGUUGAUUAACUUAAAUAAUGAAAACAAAAGACAAAACGAAGCAGGUAUGUGAAACUCGCUGCAAAAGAGAAACAAAGUUAGAUAAAAUGAAACCGUUAACAUGCGAAUGUUUAGGAGCAUGUAUUGCAAAAUUUCACUCAUAAAAUAAUACAGAAAUUUGACAGAUUUGAACAAAAAAAAAACAGAGAAUCAGAACUUGUGAACACAAUCAAAGUUGUAAUAUUUUCUUCUUCACAAACGAAAGCAUCAAUAAUCCUUUCUUCGAAAUUGAUAGUUGAAAUAAAUCGAAGAACAGGAAAAUGACUAAGCAAAAUCUAAAAGAUUUAUUGCGCAAAAGAGAUUGAUGGUAAGAUAUUGAUUAAAUUAAUAAAAAAAAAACAAACAAAGUAAUGGGCCGAUUGUUGCCACCUGUUGAAAUUAUCCGUGAACCAAAACCAUUACCAGCUUCUGUAUGAAGAACUAUUUUCAAAGAACCAACACAAAUACAACAAAAAGCAGAAUUGUAGUAUGCAGUAGAUGUGACUGAAGCUGCGAUCAGAAUUUCUCUCAUUUACAAGCAGAACACAACUGAACACAGAACUGUAAAGGUGAGGUUAGGAAUAACAAAAAAAAACCGUCAAUCGUGGUUGAGGGGUAUUUUGUUUUAAGAAUAUGAAUGGAAAAUCCACGAACCGAUGGUAACGCUAUGAUCCAGUGAGAUGGUGCAACCAAUAGAACAUCCUCUGGAGAGCAAAGCAAAGAAAUUACUAAACACCUGCACCUGAACACACACAGAUACACACAGACCGACAGACAGCAGACAGACACGCAUACACAUACACACAAUGUGGAAUGUAAGGAGAAUAUAUAUUAUAUAUUAAUGAUUAAAGUAAAACAAAAAACAAGUAUGGCUACGAUUUUGUCGUUUUAUAAUAAAAACAUUUAAAUAAAAUUUAAAAAACAAGUACAUUAUACACAUAAAAAGGAAUAAAAAUUGUAAAAAAUA